AAACAAGCUCAGAAUGGUCCAAAUGUUCUACGAAACGAAAUAGGGUUUGGGAGCUCCAAGAAGAAAGUCAUGGGCUUUUCAAAGUACCAGCUUCUUGAGCUGUUAAAGGAGCUUCUAAUUCAAUUUUCCCAGUAUGAGCAUCCAGUUGUUUUGACAGUUGAGGAAGGGGAAAAAUAUGUUGGACACUUAGGGGGUGGGAUGAGUAAAAAUUUAUUUUUGAAGGACAAGAAACACAGGUUUUAUGUUGUUUCUGCUUUGGCCAAUACCAAAGUUGAUAUAAAAGUAUUAUCUCAGCGGCUAGGUUUAGGAAAAGGAGGUCUGAGAAUGGCGCCCGCAGAGGCUAUAGGAGAAAUACUUCAGGUGCCCUUGGGUUGCGUCACUCCGUUUGCGCUAGUGAAUGAAUCAGCACGAGAUGUUUCGCUGUUGUUGGAUCAAGGGUUCAAGACUCAGGAGCACUGCUUCUUCCAUCCGCUGUCAAAUGACAUGUCCAUAUCUCUAAAUGCCCGUGAUCUUGACAAGUUUCUUAAGUCAAUAGGAAGGGAUCCCUCUUAUGUUGAUUUCGAGGCCAAUCCUACAGUGGGGAAAGAUCAACCCCCUGAUCUAGUUGCACUAGUUCCAUCUGGUUCAAUAGUUUUGCCUGAAAAGCAACCUUCAUCACAAGCUCCUACAGAUGGAAACCAUGUUUCUGUGGAUAAUAAGUCCAAGACAAUUUCAGCAAAAGUUGUUAGUGAGAAAAAUACAAAGGGGAAACCAGUCAACAAUACUCAUUCAUCAAGAUCCUUUGCAGAUGUUGACCAAUUUGUUGAAGAAAUGUUGCAUAAAACAUCAGAGUUAUUGCUUUCAGAGAUCAAUGAAGACACGAUACAUAAACAUGGGGAGCAUCUGGGCACUAGAGUGUCUGAGAAUCUACGGAAAGCUCUCAGCUCAGAUAUGAAAAACCUUUCGAUGAUAUUUAAGAACAAAGCAUACACAGAAGGGUUCCAUGCUGGUACUCACUCUCAAUGGAGACAUUUGUGA